AUGAGUACAAUAAAUACUAAGAGAUAUCUAGUCACUAUAAUCAUACAAUAUUUAGUACUAUUCUUUGAUAUUUUUGUUAAUUCGUUUGCUACUUUCUCCCGAGCGAAUCCAAUUAAUUUAUUAAUUCUCUACGUGGCUCAAGAUAUUUGUCUUAUUAUGACUAUUACACUUUUACUAGUUAACUUCUUUUCCACUUACAUUUUUCAGAUAGGAUUAAUACAAUUAUUAUAUACAAAAUUUCGUGUAACACUAAUAUUGUGUAUCAUAUAUAUGGUAUUAAGCAUUAGUUUACAUACAUGGGACAUUAAAGUGCACUGGUCAUCACCUCUCAAAUACUAUUGGACUAAAGAUUUUCAUGUUUUUUACUCAUUACAUAGAGGAGUUGCAGUUUUACACUAUUAUUUCUAUAAAAGGGCAUCUCUUAGAAUCGCAGAUCCAAGAUUCUAUGAAAGUUCAACGUGGAUUCAAAGCCAGUUCAGCCUGUCAUAAUAUUUAUGUUACAAAAGAAACUAACAAAAGCUUUUCACCUGUGAUAAGCAGAAGAAAUGUAUAAUAGCAAAAAAAGAUGUCCUACAAUUCUUGUAAAUAUUUUUACUUUAUCUACAACGAAAUAUAGUUAUUGCUAAAACAAAAUUUAAGUGGAAUAAUAUUACAAUUUCCCUUUACCCUAAUUUGAGUUUUUCAAAAAUAUUUAUGUCUGCUAUAGUAUAUCUGCUACAAAUGUAAUAUACAAUAGCAAUCAAUUUUUAAAAGUAUUUUUAAGACUAAUUCAUUUUAUAUACAGUAUAAAAAGUAUUAAUAAAGUACUUUUUACAAUUAUUUUGACAUUUUACAAAAAUAAAAUGUAAAAUUUUAUACAUUUUACGAAGCAUACAUGUAUAUAACUCAUAUUAUACAAUACUAUAUUACAUACAUUUAAACACUAAAUUAUAAUUCAUAAGUCAUUAAACAAAUAAACAUACAAAAUGUACUAAUAAUAUAGAUAUUACUCAUAAUAUAAAAUGUUAAGUUUGUACUACAUUAGUAUUUCUAAAAUAUAAAUUAAUAUCACAAGAAUAUAUCUUUUGAAAUUCUCAUCUAUUAAUGACAAAGGUAAGAGCUGAAAAUGAUCAAAUGAUUUAUUAAUUCGUUAAGAUGAUCAUUCCCAUCAUUAUUAUUAUUAUUAAUAGAAAGAAAUUGCAAAGAGAAUUGUUAUAAAAUUUCAGAAAAUUUGCAAUAUAACUUAGCAUAACAUCUUUAAUAUACAAAAGUAAAUUCAUUAUAAAUUAUUUAUUAAUCACUUCACGCAUGCAUCUCAAUGUUAAGUUAAGUAAUAACAGUUUUUCUUUGUAAAAAAUACAAAAAAUUUAAUUUCGUAUCUUUAUGCAAUAUUUACAGCAUCAAAAUUUUAUUUUCAAUGCUUUAUAACAUUUAAGAAUUUUUAUAAAGAUUAA